AUGAAGCAGUGUCAAGAUGCUGCGUGGGUGGCCACCCAUGCAGCAGUGUCAAGAUGCCAUGUGGAUGGCCACCCAUGCAGCAGUGUCAAGAUGCUGCGUGGGUGGCCACCCAUGCAGCAGUGUCAAGGUGCCAUGUGGAUGGCCACCCAUGCAGCAGUGUCAAGAUGCCAUGUGGAUGGCCACCCAUGCAGCAGUGUCAAGAUGCUGUGUGGAUGGCCACCCAUGCAGCAGUGUCAAGAUGCUGUGUGGGUGACCACCCAUGCAGCAGUGUCAAGAUGCUGCGUGGGUGGCCACCCAUGCAGCAGUGUCAAGAUGCCAUGUGGAUGGCCACCCAUGCAGCAGUGUCAAGAUGCUUCGUGGGUGACCACCCAUGCAGCAGUGUCAUGA